AGCGCGUGCACACGGCGACAAUCUUGGUAGUCAGUCUGCGGAUUGCAGCGAAUUCGCUCAUUUGAAAAAAAUAAAACAUGGCUGGAAGAGGUGGUUAUGAACACGCUAGAGGUGGCUUUGGAGGAGAGCGUCAUGUGAAGCAAUUGCCAACGGAACCGCCAUUUAUUGCGUACGUGGGCAAUUUGCCACAAGGUCUCGUCCAAGGCGAUGUUAUGAAAAUAUUCAAUGACUUUGAGGUGAAAAACGUGCGACUGGUUAAGGAUCGAGAAACGGAUCAGUUUAAAGGCUUCUGCUACGUGGAGUUUGAAACGCUUGACAACUUGGAACGAGCUCUGGAAUGCGAUGGACGAAUCAAAUUGGAUGACCUAUCGGCCCCGCUAAGGAUAGACAUUGCGGAUCGGAAGAGAAAUGACCGCCCUGGUGGCGGAAUUGGCGGCGGUGGCGGCAAUGGCGGCGGCAUGAAUCGCGAUGGUCGGGAUGGGUUCCAGAAGCGCGGACCACCGCGUCAGGGCGGCACCAGUCAAUCGUAUAGCCGAGGCGGCCCUGGCACCGGCGGUGGUCGCGAGGCCGGUGGCGGCUCUGGUAAUCGCGGCGAUAGUAGAGGUUCGUACAAUGAUAAUUAUGGUGGUCACAGUGAUAGAAGUCGUGGCGGCGCCAGCUCCGGCAUGAAUAGAGGAUACAAUGAUCGUCCGGCUAACCGCGGCCGAUAUGGUAACUUCAACAAUGAUGAGAGAUUCGAUCGAAAUCAGGAUCGGGAUCGCGGUCAGCGCGAGGGCAGCUAUGGGAAUCAGUCGCGCGAUGGCGACAGAUAUAACAAUUUCAGUCGGCAUCGUGAUCGCGAGCGUACCCACUACAAUCCCAACCAGCAGCAGGAACGUCCCACUGGCAUCGGCGCCAUCGGUAACAAUUCAAUAAUGUCUGGAUCCGAUUCGAAGAUUGCUCAUACUGAAUUUCAAAUUGCAGAUGACACGGAGCGGCCACGCCUGCAGCUAAAGCCGCGUACAAUUGCGGCGCCCAUCAAUGCGGUGGCCGAAACCAAACAAGCGGCAACCAUUUUCGGCAACGCCAAGCCCCGGGAAGAGAAACUGAAGGAGCUGGAACAGAACGUCAAUCACAAUGGCGAUAACUAGAUGCGGCGGCGGUGGCGGCGGCAACUCAGAAAUCUUUAAAUAUGCCUAAAUGAUAUUGAAAUCAAAAAGUAAAAUAAUAGAAUUGAUCCAGAUGAAGACGAUGAGACGAGUUGACAGAAAUGAUAGAGGCAUAUAUCAUUUGUGUGAGAGAGCGGCGUGCAUAUAUAUGAAGA